CUUCACCUGGCGGCUGCAUCGAUAACGGUGUAGUCAGAGAGCGAUGCUGUCCUUUCUGUGUCUAGUGGCGGCUUCGUUGCUGGGCGUCAGAGCCCAGUGGGAACCCAACGUCGUGGACGGUCGCAGCACCAUUGUCCACCUCUUCGAGUGGAAGUGGACGGAUGUCGCGGCAGAGUGCGAGCGGUUCCUGGCAAAAAAGGGCUAUGCUGGCGUACAGGUUUCUCCUCCUAAUGAGUGCAUGGCUAUUACCACCAAAAACCGGCCGUGGUGGGAGCGCUAUCAACCCGUGUCUUACAGGCUCGUCAGCCGUUCUGGAUCCGAAGCAGAGUUCGGUGAUAUGGUGAAACGUUGCAACAAUGUUGGAGUCAGAAUCUACGCUGACGCAGUUAUCAACCACAUGAGUGCGCCCUGGAACGGUCUGAGCGGUGUUGCAGGCAGCAAACCGAGUGGUUUCUACUACCCUGACGUCCCAUACGGCCCGAAUGACUUCCACUAUCCUUCCUGUGAAAUCACCAACUACCAGAAUGCUAGCAAUAUCCGAAACUGUGAGUUGUCUGGUCUGCAUGACCUCAAUGACGGGUCAGAAUAUGUGCGUGGCAAAAUUGCGGAGUAUAUGAACAAACUUAUCAGCUUUGGAGUUGCAGGUUUCAGAAUCGAUGCAGCAAAGCACAUGUGGCCUAGCAAUCUCGCUUUGAUUUAUGGCGCACUUAAUGAUCUCAACAGUUAUUAUUUUGGGAGUGGAAAGAGGCCAUUCAUCUAUCAGGAAGUAAUUGAUCCAGGUAACGAAGGAGUAAAGAAAGCUGAGUACGUCGGCUUGGGAAGAGUCUGCGAAUUCAAGUAUGGAACGGAACUUGCAACUUGCUUUAACAGAAGUAAUCCGAUGAAAUACUUGUACAACUUCGGUGAGACGUGGGGUCUCGUGAAUGGCAACAACGCUCUAGUGUUCAUCGACAACCAUGAUAAUCAGAGGGGACAUGGUGGUGCUGGCGAAGUUCUCACAUUCCAGACACCGAAGCUUUACAAAAUGGCAAGUGCAUUCAUGUUGGCUUGGCCUUACGGAUUUCCACGAGUGAUGUCUAGCUACGUAUUCAGCACCUCUGACGAUGGUCCACCACAGGACAGCAACCAGGCCAUCAUAUCACCUACUAUCAAUGCGGAUGACUCCUGCGCUAGACCAUGGGUUUGCGAGCAUCGAUGGAGACAGAUCUACAACAUGGUCGGAUUCAGGAAUGCUGUCGGAUCUGGCGCUGUGGCCAACUGGUGGGACAAUGGCAAUUAUCAGAUUGCCUUCUCCAGGGGAAACGUUGGCUUUGUGGCUUUCAACAACGAGGCGAGUUCUGACCUCAAACGGACACUUCAGACGGGUCUUCCUGCUGGCACUUACUGUGACGUCAUCUCCGGUAACGUGAGCGGGAGCAGCUGCACCGGUAAAACCAUCACUGUUAACUCUGAUGGUACGGCCUACAUCAGCAUCGCCUACAGUGAGGAUGACGGCGUGGUUGCUAUCCACACUGGCGCCAAGGUCUCAUAAAUUUUCCACUUAUGGCCUUCAAGGUGGUUUGCUGCAGCUUUUGUGGGUAUUAUUGCUUGUCAUUAACUGGAGAUGUUAAGUACUUUGCAGUCGCAACUGUAACCCAGUAUCAUGCUAUUCCUAGCGUUGUUGUUUAGAUUGAAUCAGUAUCUAUUUAACAGGUCGCUACCUGACGAGGGUUUACUUUCACUGAUCGAAUUAAUAAUCUGUUAUUUUCAAUUUACAUUUGUAAUCUGGUUGCCGAUAUUGUGUGAAAAUGUGUAGGAAUGAUGUAGUGAACGCAUUGUAACGCUGCACUCGCUGAUAAAUAAAUUGUAAAUCGUCAAAA